AUGGCGGGGCUGAGGGGGGCUGAGGGGACCGGGGAGCUGAGGGGGGGCCGGGUGCGGCCGUGCCGUGCCGAGGGACCGGGGCGCUGCGCGGACCAGCGCCGCGGCGGGGCUGAGGGCCGGGGGCCGCGCGCGGCGGGCAGCGCCUCGCAGGCGGGGCACGUGCCGUUCGGCGCGUGGCGGGGGGAGCGGAGGCCGCGCGGGCGGCGGUUGAGCGCGCGGCGGUUGGUGCCACCUACCGACACGGACGCGUCGCAGCAGCCCGUCCCCGUCAGUGCCAACACCGUCCCCGCCAGACUGUGGCGGCGGGUCAGCAGCCCGCGCUGCCGCUCCGUUCGCUGGGAUGCCUCCGGCCGGGGGCUGGUCAUCAACCAGCCGCUCUUUGAGUGCGAGCUGCUGGGCGCCGCGCCGGCCGUCGCCGCGCAGCCGGGUGGCGACGGGGCAGCGGCAGCCGCCGGUUUCUUCAAGACCAAGAACUUCAGCAGCUUCAUCCGGCAGCUCAAUCUCUAUGGCUUCCGCGAGGUGGGGAUGUUGCCGGGGAGCAGUGUGGUGGGGCCCGGGCCUGGGCCGGGCCCAGAGGGUGGACAAGGCAACGGUGGCAACUGCACCGGGCCCCUGCAUCACUUCCGCAGCCCCCACUUUCGCCGCGACCGCCCCGACCUCCUCAUCCACCUGAAGCGCUUGACGAAAGGCAACAAGGCGAAGAUGGCAGCGGGCCUGGAAGUGACCAGCCGCCCACCCAACCGCUUCCAGCGCUUGCUUGCAUUAUGCUGGAGCAAAGGACUGCUGACUGUAGGACGGUUUCAUCAACUUUACGGUCAAGGUGUUUUCUCUCCUUACUCCUACAUGGCAACCUCGUGCCAAGCCCCCAGCACUUUACCAGCACAAAGUUUAGAUCCGACUCCAGUCCCUUGGCAGGGACCACUUGGGUUGCUGCCAGGGCAAGGGGCUUCCCCAGCUUUUCCAGGUAAAGGGGCUGCCUUUCUGGUACUCCAGACACUUCCAACAGGCGCCAUGUACACACUCCAGCCUGUUGCCUCUCUUCUGCCACUUCAGCAAGGGACUCAAACCGUUGCCGCUUCCACUGCAAAUUGUAGCAGCUCUGCAUCUUCAGCGCCAUACUCACAAGCCUUCUAUCCAACAGCCACACCACAGAGUUGUUCAGCAGCAGCCCACACAGAUCCUCUGGCUGGCUGUGCUGGUCCUACUGCUUCAGUGUACACCCACGACAGCUUUGUCCAGAAUCCUCCAAUGCAGUCAUCUUCCGAAGCUGAAUUGAUGCCGUCUGACUGGCUAUGUAAUAUAUCUGAAGAAAACAAGAAGGCAGAAGUCAGUCUUGAAGCCAUGUUUCAGGCUGCCGAUGAGGUGCAUUCAUCAUGCAAAGGUGAAAAGGUGGAAGUGGCACCUGUAGAAAGCCAGUAUUCAGUCCCCGAGUUUAAUGGAAAUCAGCCACUGCCCGUUAAUAGUUACGCACCUUCUUCAACUGAGGAAAGCCAGCUGGAACGUCUCGCUCCUCUAACUUUAGACACAUCAUUUCUGGUGGAAGCAGAUCGAGCACUGAAUUUGUCUCCAUUACAGCCUUCUGACAUUCUUUGUGCUGCCGAUACCACUCUGGCUAUAGACACUGCUGCUGCUGUUGAGAUACUGCAAGAACUUCUGACCACACAGGAAGCAGAUGAAAAACAGAGCAAAGAACCAGAUCACUGCCCAGCUGAGUUCUCCCUCAUGUUUUUUCAGGAAGAACUGUUAAGUCCAGAGCAGAUCUCUGUCUGCUGGUGGAUGUACCUUGGAAGUGGGGGUGCUUUCUGGAGGACGAAACAAGAGAGUGAGAAGUGGGUGACAAAUGUAGAGCAGCUGCCAGCUAGAUUCCCCUGUCAGACUCCAGCAGCAGUGGAGCUUUGCACACAACAGCCACUUUGGAUCAUUUCAGCUGUGUUUAAAAAAAAACACCACCACCAAAAAAACCCCAACAAAACACCAAAAACCACACACACAAAAACCCAACAAAUAAGACCAACAAAAAAACCCCACCUCCCACACCACUCUUUUUUGCUUUCUUUUUAACUUGGUAGGGUAUUGUUUAAUAGGCCUCUUUCAUUACAUUUUCUACCUGUUGAGUUAUAAAGCACCUAGUGGUCAGAGUAAUUAAUGUGAAGUAAUUACUUUGCUGUUUGUAUUCUUUAGAUAUGGAAAGUCUGAACUUUGUAUAAACAGGAAACUUUAAAAACAUCCUUACUGGGAAGCAAAUUGUUUUUAGUGCUCUAUUAGGAAUCUAUUUAACUAUUUAUUUAUUUACUUAACAUUGUUGGGAACUACAGUAUGCUCGGCAUAGAAGGUGUUUGGUGCUCUCGCUGUCUUUGCUUGAAGUCAUUCUGUGGCCCUUUACUGGGGAUUGUGUAUGAAACAAAAGCAUUGGAAAGUCACAAGAUUCUGGGUCUGAAUGGGUCAGAGAUUUCAGAAGAGCAGCUAAAGGAAAGAUGAGCUAAUUUUCUAAGUGAUUAACCAGGAAAUGUUCUUCCUUCCUAAACCAGCUCUCUGUUUCACCAGCAAGUGUAUGUAUGUCACAGCUGCUGAUCUUUCACAUUCAUGGGGAAUUCUUCUGGUUUAAUAAUUUUCUUUUGAUUGUAAUGGUAUCUGUAAAGAUAAGUUAUUAUUAUUGUUAUUUAUUGUUCUAGUACUCUGUUUUAAUUAUGUCUUGAAAACAAUUGUUAAACUUUUAGAGGAAGACUGUACUUACGUUGAUAGCAGAUCUUAAGUUUUUAAUAGCUAUAUGUUUGUGUUUAUGUUAAAAUACUGUUUAAAGAAUAAAGGGGGCACAUCCUCUAUUUGUGGUGUUAAGGAGAUCCAUGUGGAAGAGCACCUAAACCAUCAAUGUAAUGGCUUCAUACAUGUUCAUACAAGCCAGCCCUGAGCAAAACGCACGAGAAGGGAGCAGAGAAGUUGUCAGGACCACCUCGGCUUUGGUAGCUCCCAGCUGUGGCCAGGAUGUGCUAAGGGAGCACCCGGCAGUAAGAUGAACUGAGGCGAAACCUCUAAUUACAGCUUCAGUAAUAAGAUAUUUUUUAAUAAGUAGUAACUUCUGUAAUAAGAUGUUUUGUAAUAAGAUAUUUUUAAAUAAAGUAGUAACUUUUUUAAUAAGAUGUUUUGUACUAAGUAGCAACUUCUGUAAUAAGAUGUUUUUACCGAUAGUCUUGUUACCGGGAGCAGGGUGGGAUGUGGUUUCCCAUGUGUGUCCUGUUGUACCCCUGCCCAGGCAGGGUGGGCCUCAGGUGAGCAGGUUCUAGUCUGCUGUUGGAAGCGUAUUUUAUAGUGCCCGAUAGAAAUGCGGUUGCUCUGUAUGCUGCCAAGGGAAACAUACCCGAGCACUGGUGUGUACUCAGUAUUCCCUUUUCUUCCUAGAU